AUGGCUAUCGUGGACUGCCACGCCGAUCCCUCUGUUCUCCGCACCUCAUUGCCCUCAUCCGAAUUGGAACCGCAAAAUGGCUUCAAUGCCGUCCAACGCGACCCCGCCUCAUGGGACGCCUCUCUCCCCGCAAGCCAGGGGCUCUACAUAAACGACCUCGAAAAGGAUGCCUGCGGUGUCGGUUUCAUCUGCCACAUCAAGGGCGACCAAUCCCACAAGAUAGUCUCGGAUGCUCGCCAACUUCUCUGUGCCAUGACCCACCGCGGGGCCACUGGUGCGGACAGCCGCGACGGCGACGGCGCAGGGGUCAUGACCGGCAUCCCUCACCUCUUCUUCAAGCGCGAGGCGGAACGUGAGAUUGCAUGCGAGCUUCCUGAGCUUGGUCAGUACGCCGUCGGCAACGUCUUUUUCAAAGCAAACAACCCCGUCGGUCUCCAGCAACAGCAGGCUAUGUUUUCCAAGAUUGCGGGAGAUCUGGGACUCCGUGUCCUCGGAUGGAGGGAGGUCCCCACAGACGGCACCAUUCUCGGGCCCGCUGCUGCUAGUAAGGAACCUGCUAUCUUCCAACCCUUUGUCGUCCUCCACUCGCAUUAUGGCGAUGGCACCACGCCUCGCGGCGGGGACGCGCUCGACGCGAAGCACUUCGAGUGUCAGCUGUACAUCCUCCGCAAGCACGCCACGCACACCAUCUCUCUGUCAAAGGGUUUCUACAUCUGCUCGCUCUCGUCGAAGAACAUCGUUUACAAGGGCCAGCUCUCGCCCCCGCAAGUGUACAACUACUAUCACGACCUGAACCACGUUCUGUAUCGCUCUCACUUCACCCUCGUCCACUCCCGCUUCUCUACCAAUACUUUUCCGAGCUGGGACCGCGCGCAGCCCAUGCGAUGGGCUGCACACAACGGCGAGAUCAACACAUUGCGCGGAAAUCGGAACUGGAUGCGCGCUCGUGAAGGCGCGCUCUCGUCUUCGCAUUUCGGCGACCAGCUCGACCUCCUCUACCCCAUCAUCGAGUCUGGUGGCUCCGACUCCGCGGCCUUCGACAACGUGCUUGAGCUGCUCGUAGUCAAUGGCGUUCUCACCCUCCCCGAGGCUAUCAUGAUGCUCAUCCCAGAGGCAUGGCAAGGGAACGACAUUAUGGAGCCCGAGAAGAAGGCGUUCUACAACUGGGCGGCAUGUCUUCAGGAGCCGUGGGACGGUCCGGCCCUCUUCGCCUUCAGUGAUGGGCGGUACUGCGGCGCCAACCUCGACCGGAAUGGUCUCCGCCCCUGCCGUUACAUCGUCACAAACGAGGACAUCAUUGUCUGCGCCUCGGAGGUCGGUGCGAUCUACAUCCCUCCCGAGAAGGUCAUUCAGAAGGGUCGCCUCAAGCCUGGUCGCAUGCUUCUCGUGGACACAGGAGAGGGCCGCAUCGUCGAUGACAAGGAGCUCAAGCGCACGACUGCGCGCAAGCAGAACUUCGCGUCGUGGAUCGAGUCUAACAUGCUCAACGUGCCCUCUAUUGUCAAGCGCGUCCAGCGCACGACGCCUGUCAACCCUUCCGUUGAUGGGUGGACCCUCAGCAUGGACCCCAAGCUCCUCGCGUUUGGGUACACCGUCGAGCAACUCAACUUGCUCAUGCUCCCUAUGUUCACCGACGGCAAGGAGGCUCUCGGUUCUAUGGGCAACGAUGCUCCGCUCGCCGCGAUGUCGACCCAGCCUCGCCUCAUCUACGACUACUUCCGCCAGCUCUUCGCUCAGGUCACGAACCCUCCGAUUGAUCCCAUCCGCGAGUCCAUCGUCAUGUCGCUCGAGUGUUACGUGGGGCCGGAGGGAAACCUCCUCGAGAUGAAUGCUCAGCAAUGCCACCGAAUCCUUCUUCCCUCGCCGAUUCUGACUCUCGAGGAGAUGAACGCGAUGAAGAACCUCAAGCUUGCGUACAACACCUGGCCCUCUCGUAUUGUUGAUAUCACUUUCCCGAAGGAGCUCGGCUUGCCCGGCUACAAGCUCGCGCUCGAACGAGUGUGCAGCGAGGCGAUGCAGGCGAUCGAGGACGGCGUCAAGGUCAUCAUCCUCUCGGACCGCGAGACUGGCCCCGCACGUGUCGCGCUGUCUGCGUUGGUUGCGUGCGGCGGCGUCCACCACCACCUCGUCACGCAGAAGAAGCGGUCCCGCAUUGCUUUGAUGGUAGAGACCGCGGAGGCGCGCGAAGUUCAGCACCUUUGCGUUCUUCUUGGGUACGGCGCGGACGCGAUAUGCCCAUGGCUCACCAUGGAGUGCAUUCACAAGAUCGUCCGCGAAGGAUUGGUCAAGGACGACAAUACGGUCGAGGACCUGAUGAGCAACUACCGACACUCCGUCGACGGCGGUAUUCUCAAGGUUAUGUCGAAGAUGGGUAUCUCCACCCUCCAGUCAUACAAGGGCGCCCAGAUCUUCGAGGCUCUCGGCUUGCACACCGAGGUCAUCGAGAAGUGCUUCAUCGGCACUGCUAGUCGCGUUCAGGGCGCCACCUUUGACCUGCUCGCGAUGGACGCCUUUGAGAUGCACGAGCGUGGCUGGCCCACUCGGGAUACCAUCCUCCCUCCUGGCAUGCCCGAGUCCGGCGAGUACCAUUGGCGUUCCGGCGGCGAAGCGCACAUCAACGACCCCGCCGGUAUCGCGAACCUACAAGACGCCGUUCGGGAGAAGAACCAGCGCGCGUACGACGCCUACGCCUCUAACGCCAACGAUCAGACCAAGGCAGUGCAUCUACGCGGCCUCCUUGACUUCCGUUUCGAGAACACGACACCCAUCCCCAUAGAACAAGUCGAGCCGUGGAACGAAAUCGUCCGGCGCUUCGUCACGGGCGCCAUGUCGUACGGCUCUAUCUCGAUGGAAGCGCACUCGACGCUCGCAAUUGCUAUGAACCGCCUCGGUGGAAAGUCCAACACCGGCGAGGGUGGUGAGGAUGCCGAACGCUCGACGGUACUCCCGAAUGGGGACACGAUGCGUUCCGCGAUCAAGCAGGUCGCCUCCGGGCGCUUCGGCGUCACCUCCAACUACCUCGCGGACGCCGAUGAGCUCCAGAUAAAGAUGGCACAAGGAGCCAAGCCGGGCGAAGGUGGAGAGCUGCCGGGGCACAAGGUGUCGACGUCGAUUGCACGCACACGUCACUCUACCGCCGGUGUCGGUCUCAUCUCGCCCCCGCCUCACCACGACAUCUAUUCCAUCGAGGACCUGAAGCAGCUCAUCUACGACCUCAAGUGCUCGAACCCCCGUGCCCGCGUGUCAGUGAAGCUCGUGUCCGAGGUCGGCGUCGGUAUCGUGGCGAGCGGAGUCGCGAAGGCGAAGGCGGACCACAUCCUCAUCUCUGGCCACGACGGCGGUACUGGCGCCUCGCGCUGGACUGGUAUCAAGUAUGCCGGACUUCCGUGGGAGCUUGGCCUCGCCGAGACCCAUCAGACGCUCGUCCUCAACGACCUCCGUGGGCGUGUCACCGUCCAGACGGAUGGCCAGGUUCGGACAGGGCGCGACAUCGCUAUUGCAUGCUUACUUGGCGCUGAAGAGUGGGGUUUCGCCACCACGCCGCUCAUUGCGAUGGGUUGUAUCAUGAUGAGGAAGUGCCACUUGAACACCUGCCCCGUCGGUAUCGCUACUCAGGAUCCUCAGCUUCGCGCCAAGUUCGCUGGACAGCCUGAGCAAGUCAUCAACUUCUUCUACUACAUCGCUGAAGACCUUCCUCCGCACCCCAAAACCGCCCAUCUCGACCUCAGCGCUAUCCUCAAACCCGCCUGGCAAAUGCGCCCUGGUGCGGCUACGUACCGCGUCCGCCCACAAGACCAUAAAUUGUACAUUCGCCUGGAUAACAAGUUCAUCGACGAGUCGGAGCCCGCGCUCACCCAGGGUCUUCCGGUCCACAUUGAGUGCGACGUGACGAACACCGACCGCGCACUCGGCACAUCGUUGUCCUACAGGGUAUCCAAGUUGUACGGCGAGGAGGGGCUGCCUAAGGACACCAUCCACAUCCGCAUGUGUGGCUCUGCCGGCCAGUCUCUUGGCGCCUUCCUGGCACCCGGGAUCACCAUCGAGCUCGAGGGAGACGCGAACGAUUACGUUGGAAAGGGUCUCUCCGGCGGUCGCCUCAUCGUCUACCCGCCGAAGCAGUCGACGUUCAAGGCCGAGGAGAACAUCAUCACCGGAAAUGUCUGCCUGUAUGGUGCAACCUCUGGCGAGGCCUUCAUCCGCGGCAUCGCGGCCGAGCGAUUUGCUGUGCGCAACUCCGGCGCCCACGCCGUCGUUGAGGGCACGGGAGACCACGGCUGCGAGUACAUGACCGGGGGUCGUGUUGUCGUUCUUGGCAGCACGGGGCGCAACUUCGCGGCGGGCAUGUCCGGCGGUAUCGCAUACGUUCUAGACACAGCCCACACGUUCGCGUCCAAGGUCAACAUGGAGAUGGUCGAGCUCGGGAAGGUUACAGACCCACGGGAGAUCGCAGAGUUGCGCGGGCUCAUCGAGGACCACCGGCACUACACGGGCUCGGAGGUUGCGGACCGGGUGCUACACGACUUCCACCAUCUUCUGCCGCUCUUCGUGCGGGUGAUGCCGGGCGACUACAAGCGCGUGCUCGAGGAACAAGACAUCAAGGCGAAGGAGGAACGGAUGCGCCAGAGCGUCAUCGACCUUGUCCCGUCGCGCACAGCGAGCCAGGUCAACCUCGCGUCAGAAGAGCUUCAAGGCCUGCUCAGCCCGCGGGAGCCAUUGUCGCGCAUGAGCCGCACGUCCUCGCGCGCACGCUUCGAGCCGGCGGUGCUCGACGUCGAGGACUCCCUCGUGGACGAGCAGACGACGAAGAACCGGUUGAGCAAGCUCGACAAGACGCACAUAUCGGCCCCCCGGAAGCGGGUCAAGGACUGGAAGGAGAUUUCACACCGGUUGACGGAUGACGAGCUCAAGUACCAGUCAGCUCGAUGCAUGGACUGCGGCGUGCCGUUCUGCCAGUCCGACACGGGAUGCCCAAUCUCGAACAUUAUCCCGAAGUGGAACGACCUCGUGUUCAAGAACCAGUGGCAAGACGCCCUCAACCGCCUCCUUAUGACGAACAACUUCCCCGAGUUCACGGGUCGGGUGUGCCCCGCGCCCUGCGAGGGCGCCUGCGUGCUUGGGAUCAACGAGCAGCCCGUGGGUAUCAAGAGCAUCGAGUGUGCUAUCAUCGACAAGAUUCCUGAGCAUCGUACGAACAAGAAGAUCGCGAUCCUGAACAAGGCCGGCCAUUGGGUUACGGUGUACGACCGCAACGACCGCAUCGGUGGGCUGCUGAUGUACGGCAUUCCGAACAUGAAGCUUGACAAGGCUAUCGUUCAGCGCCGUGUUGACCUUAUGGUUGCAGAGGGCGUGACGUUCGUCACGAACACUUUCGUUGGCAAGGACAUCGAGAUGGAGGAGCUUCGUCAACAGAACGACGCUGUCAUUCUCGCCACCGGGGCGACCUGGCCGCGCGACUUGAAGAUCGCCAACCGUGAGGUCGACGGCAUCCACUUCGCCAUGGAGUUCCUCCAGCUCAACACGAAGUCGCUCCUCGACUCCGAGCUGCAGGAUGGCAGCUAUCUCAGCGCUAAGGGCAAGGACUCGGUCACGAACUUCGAACUUCUGCCAAAGCCGUCCGCGGCGCGCGGCCACGACAAUCCCUGGCCGCAGUGGCCGCGCAUCUUCCGGACCGACUAUGGGCACACUGAGGUCGCGGCACACUUCGGGAGCGACCCGCGGGAGUACUGCAUCUCGACCAAGGAGUUCGUCGUCGACGCCAACGGCAAGCUGUCCGGGUUGAACACGGCCCGUGUCGAAUGGACCAAGGAUAGCGGCGGGCGCUGGAAGAUGGAGGAGGUGCCUGGAUCGGAGAAGUUCUUCCCCGCACAGCUCGUGCUCCUCGCGCUCGGCUUCUUGGGCCCCGAGGCGGAGCUCCUCAAGUCCAUCGGCGUCAAACAGGACGCGCGGAGCAACAUCCAAACGCCGCCGAACAAAUACUCGACGAGCAUCGAGGGUGUCUUCGCUGCUGGCGACUGUCGUCGUGGACAAUCCCUCAUCGUCUGGGGAAUCCAGGAGGGUCGCCGUUGUGCCGCCGAGGUUGACGCUUGGCUUAGCGAGGGCAAGACGCGUCUUCCAUUCGAUGGUGCCAUCAAGCAAAGAACGUUCAAGCCUCCGACCAGUACUCUUACUCCUGGCAGUGCCCAAACCAUCCAAGUCCAGGGCUAA